GCACGGAGCUGAUUAACCUACCGGUAGGUAUUAGAAAAUUAAUUAACCUGCGCCAUCUUGAAAAUUCCAAUACCAGUCAAUUGCAUGAGAUGCCUUCAGGGAUUGAUCAGUUGACGAACUUGCAGACGCUAUCCAAAGUGGUUGUGAGCAAACAUGGUGGGUUCCGGCUGAAUGACUUGGGGAACUUGUCCUUACUGGCAGGGUCGCUCGCCAUUUUGGAGUUGCAAAAUGUUACGAAUGUUCAAGAAGCACGGGAUGCCAAUUUGAAGAACAAGAGGGACCUUGAUGAACUAGUAUUGGCAUGGAAUAGUGAAUAUGAUGAUUCUCUGAGUAAAGUUCUUCAACAAGAUUUGCUUGAGGCGCUACGACCACACACAAACCUAACGAUUCUUGAAAUUGAGUUCUAUAAGGGAGACAAAUUCUCUUCCUGGGUGGGGGAUUCUUCAUUUACUAAAUUAGAAGAAGUAAGCCUUAGAGGUUGUACACACUGCAAGUGUUUACCAUCACUCGGGCAAUUGCCUGCGCUCAAGGAUUUGAGCAUUCAAACCAUGCUUGAGGUGAAGGCAGUAGGUACGGAGCUAUGUGGCAAAGAUUGCUCUUGGGAAUUUUCCUUUCCAUUGCUUGAAAGUCUAACAUUUGAUGACAUGCCAGAAUGGGAGGAAUGGACUUGCUUAAGUUCAGCAGGAGAGAACGAAUGCCACUUCCCUCUGCUCCAAAAGCUCUGUAUAAGUAGAUGCCCAAAGUUGAAAAGCAUUCCUGUUUUGCAGCUUCCUUCACUCUCUGAACUAAAGUUGCAAAAGUGCUCGGUGGGAAUUGCAAAAUGUUUAUACAAUUUGACCUCAUUAAACAAUUUGGAUUUUCGGCAGAUUAUAGGGCUUGCAUCCCUCGAGGAUGCGUUCAUGCAGUUCCCAUCAGGCCUUGAAGAUAUCACAUUACGUGAGUGCCAUCAACUGAAGAAUUUGUGGGGCUCAAGUAAUACUGUAAACCUUGUGCAGCUAAAAUCUUUAGUUGUUUCAGAAUGUUCACAGCUUUCAUCCUUGGAGGAGCUUGCUGUUUUACCCAUGCUUAAAUAUCUUAAGAUAGAAAGUUGCAGUGCUCUCCUGUCUUUGCCUACAUUAUCUGGUCUUAACAUAUUGCGAAUAAGCAGUUGCUCAGCCCUCAGUUGCUUACCAAUGGACAAGUUGCUCCUCCCUCAGCUUAGGAAUCUUGGGAUCAGACAUUGCCAGAAACUGAACCUUACUCCGGAGAUUGUCAUAGAGGACACUAGCACAUCGAUUGAGAGUCUGGAAAUCGUUGGCUGCCCAUGUCUGAAUUUGAGAACAAUGCUUGGUUCAGUCUACAGUUUUGCAAGUCUCCGGUUUUUGGAUAUUAGGGAUUGUGAUUAUGAUCUGGAUCAAUUGCCCACUCCAAGUUUGGAACGUCUUUCCUUGUGCAGAUGCAAAAAUGCUAGUUACUUGCCUGGUGGUUUGGGACGACUAAGAUCUCUGUUGUUGUAUUCUUGUUCAAGUCCUUUGUUAUUUCCACAAGGAGAUUUUCCUUCCACUCUGAAGUUUCUUGACAUAGAGGCAGGAGAAAACUUACAGCUGAAGCCCCUGUCAGAAUGGGGACUCAACAGACUCACGUUUCUUGAAAGGUUCUACAUCCGUGGUGGAUAUCCAGGGCUGGAAUCAUUUUCUGGUAGUGGUGAUGAUGGAUUGGCUUUGUUUCCUCCAACUCUUAGGUCCGUCGCCAUUGGUGACUUGCCAAAUCUGAAAUCGCUCUCCACGUUCUUGCGAGGUCUUACAGCUCUUCGAUAUCUGCAUAUCUUUAACUGCCCCAAGCUUGGAUCCCUACCAAAGGAAUCGCUGCGUAAUCCGCUUCAAACUCUAGUAAUUAAUAAAUGCCCACUUCUUGAGAAAAGGUGCUUGAUGGAUAGAGGAGACUACUGGCCCAUGAUUGAAGACAUUCCCUGUGUGGAAAUAGGCAGUGAUGGCAUCAGGUAAAAAAUUUGUUGGCACGACGUAGGCUCAACUCGCUUGGCAAGUCUAUGCGCCUACAAUGCAGAUUGCAGAGGAAACUAAUCAUGGGAUCCUUCUGCCCAUCUUGUUCUUGUGUUUUACUAAGUCCCUACAGUUCCUGCCUUGAUGAUAUUGCAAGUCUCUUUGUUGGGCCUCUUAUUCACAAUUGUAGAGAUGGUAGAAUAUAAUAGGGCAAAUUACAUUUUAGCCUCAUGUGAUUUUCGUAAAAACCACAUAACCCCCGUGAUUCAAAAGGCUAUACAUAAACCUCCUGUGGUUUGGAUUGAACUGUCAAAUAGA